AUGGCUCGAACUAAGCAGACUGCUCGUAAAAGCAUAGGGGCCAAGGCACCUCGAAAGCUGCUGGCUAUGAAGGCCGCUCGUAUGAGCGCCCCAUCAAAAGGUGGUGUGAAAAAGCCAUAUCGCUUCAGGCCUGGAACUGUCGCUCUUCGGGAAAUUCGGCGUUAUCAGAAGAGUACUGAGCUUCUUAUCCGAAAGGUCCCUUUUCAACGUCUUGUGCGUGAGAUUGCUCAAGAGUAUCAGAAUGACUUGCGUUUCCAGGCCACUGCUGUCGACGCUAUACAAGAGGCAGCUGAAGCCUAUAUGAUUGGUCUAUUCGAAGACACCAACCUAUGUGCCAUUCACGCGAAGCGAGUCACUAUCAUGGCCAAGGACAUGCAGCUUGCUCGCCGCAUUCGCGGUGAGAGGUCUUAA